AUGGAUGCCAAAGAAGUCAAGUCCACCAUAUCGAACCUCGAAAAGUCGGUAGAUGAAACAACAAUCUUGAAACUACUCAAUAUCUUAAAUGAUGAGGUGGUCCCCACUGAGAAGUUGUUAAGAGAGACCAAGGUUGGUGUGGUGGUCAACAAAUACAGAAGUCACGACAAUAAGGAGAUAUCUUCAUUAGUAAAAAAGAUGAUUAGGUCAUGGAGAGAUGCUGUUCAAAAUGAAAAGAAUAGUAAAAAGAAAUCGACGGCUAGCUCGCCGGUAUCAACCCCGGCAUCUUCUGGGUCAGCUGCAUCAACAACAGUCCCAAAUGCUGAUAAAUCAGGCAGCGGGCCAGCAGCUAACGGGAAAACGUUUACUGGACCAAGAAAUGCUAAAUCUGACGGAGUCAACACUACAUUAUAUGAUAAUCCUACUCGUAACGCAUCUGUCGGUGCACUUUACUCCUCCUUAGCUGUCGAGAGGGACGACUCCCCUCAGCAUAUAAUCACAAUAGCUUCGGAAAUAGAAAGCGAGGUGUUUAAAAGUGAAUACCUGAAAGUUAAUGAUGCGUACAGGAACAAAUUGAGAAGUUUUACCAUGAAUCUUCGAAAUAAAAAGAACCCAGAGUUGAGAGAACGUGUUUUAUCGAGACAAAUUGGGGCUGCACAAUUUAUCAAAAUGACACCUAAUGAUAUGGCACCUGAAGCUUUGAAGAAGGAGAUUGAAAAGUUGCACAAACAAAAUCUAUUCGAUGCCCAAGGUGCUACUGAAAAGAGAGCAGUUACUGAUAGAUUUACAUGUGGUAAAUGUAAGCACAAAAAGGUUAGUUACUAUCAAAUGCAAACCAGGUCUGCAGAUGAACCUUUAACCACCUUUUGCACAUGUGAAAACUGUGGAAAUAGAUGGAAGUUUUCGUGA